CUUCCUGGAUUUUUUUCUACUGGAUGUCGCGGCGUUUGCCGAGCGGUUUGUCAAAGCAGUCCAAAGUUGUCCAGGAUGAGCCCGGCGGUGGGGAUACGGCAGCUGGCUGAAGUGUGUCCACCGUGUGCGGCUCGUUUUACGGAAUGAUGAGCGGACGCGGCGUUUGAAGCGGCGGCGACCGAGCGGGCUAACGGCUGCUAGCUGCUGCUGCUGCUAGCGUUAGCAGGCGGCGUUACUGUUAGUUUGAAUCGUUGACAAACUCGGUCAAGUUUGAGCACAGGCGGCCGAAAGGAGUCGGCGAACGCCCGGGAGGACAACAUGGAGAACAAGGACAAGGUGCAGAUGAGGCAUCACCCCCGGAGGCAGUUGAAGAAGCUGAGCGAGGACAGUCUCACCAAGCAGCCAGAGGAAGUCUUUGAUGUGCUGGAGAAGCUGGGCGAGGGGUCGUACGGCUGUGUGUUUAAGGCCAAUUAUAAAGAGACGGGGGAGAUCGUAGCCAUCAAACAGGUUCCUGUGGAGUCGGAUCUACAGGAGAUCAUUAAGGAAAUAUCCAUAAUGCAGCAGUGUAACAGUCCACAUGUGGUGCGUUACUACGGCAGCUACUUCAAAAACACUGACCUGUGGAUCGUCAUGGAAUAUUGUGGAGCUGGAUCAGUGUCUGAUAUCAUUCGAAUACGCAACAGCACGCUAAAAGAAGAAGAGAUAGCCACCAUCCUGCAGUCGACGCUGAAGGGUCUGGAGUAUCUCCACUUCAUGAGGAAGAUCCACAGAGACAUCAAAGCAGGAAACAUCCUGCUGAACACAGAGGGUCAGGCCAAACUGGCCGACUUUGGAGUUGCCGGACAGCUCACAGACACCAUGGCGAAGAGAAACACCGUCAUCGGCACGCCGUUCUGGAUGGCUCCAGAGGUCAUACAGGAGAUCGGCUACAACUGCGUGGCUGACAUCUGGUCCCUGGGAAUAACGGCCAUAGAGAUGGCUGAGGGGAAGCCGCCCUAUGCUGACAUACACCCGAUGAGGGCCAUCUUCAUGAUUCCCACCAACCCUCCUCCGACGUUUCGGAGCCCAGACCUGUGGUCGUCGGAGUUUCGAGACUUUGUCAGCCAGUGUUUGGUGAAGAAUCCAGAGAACAGGGCGACGGCCACACAGCUGUUACAGCAUCCAUUUAUCAAGUCAGCCAAGCCCAACGCCGUCCUCAGAGCGCUGAUCACAGACGCCAUGGAGAUCAAGCUGAAGAGACAGGAAGAGGCAGAGCAGAGAGAACAGGACGCAGAAGACGAUGACAACUCGGAUGACGAUGAGGUCGACCAGGGGACGAUGGUGCGGGCGGGGACAGGAGACUCAGGGACCAUCCGGGCCGCAGGUUCGCUCGGCGGCACGGCGCAGACUAUGAUCGCACACGAGGACAUGGGAACCAUGCAGUCACAGCUGGGCACCAUGGUCAUCAACUCUGAUGAUGAGGACGAGGAAGAGGCCGGGACAAUGAAAAGGAGAGACGAGACGAUCCAGCCAGCGAAGCCGUCCUUCCUCGAGUACUUUGAGCAGAAAGAGAAGGAGGCCAACAGUCAGAACGACGGAGGAGGACGAGGAGAGAACAACGCAGACAACCGCAAACUGCCCGGCGAAGGAGAUCUUGAAGUGAUGAGCACGUGGACGGUGGAGGACCUGCGGCAGAGACUCGCCUCUCUGGACCCUCAGAUGGAGCAGGAGAUCGAGGAGAUCCGUCAGCGCUACCAGGCCAAGAGACAGCCCAUCAUGGACGCCAUCGAGGCCAAAAAACGGCGGCAGCAGAACUUCUGAGGAGAACCCGCCGAGCGCGUCACAGCGGCCGCCGGACGUGGAGCGACGCUCGGACGGCGCUGACGUUUCCUGUUCCUGGUCACAGAUGAUACGGUUUGAUUUGGAAAACUAAGGGAAGACGUGUGAUCACCUUCACGUUAAAGGUCAAACCACUGAGUUAAACUGUGAUUUCACGUCCGAGGAACUUCCACUGAGCUGUUCUCUGUCUGACAGAACAUUAUUGACAGUUAUCAUUCGAUUGGACCGUGUUUCCCUUUGCUCUGCCUGAAGAAAUGACUGUGGACGAGGUUUAGUUUUCAUAUCAUCAUCAUCAUCAGCAGCAGCAGCUGAGUUUCUCUUUGCUUUUUUUUUUUUUUGUAGCUUGUGACCUGAAGCCUCAGCGAUGAUCUCCGAUCCCUUCAUUUACUUUAUCGUGUGGUACAUCUCGUUGUGACUGCAGCCUGUUCAGCUUCGGUACGCUGUGUUUAGUUCCUCAGGUGCUUCCGCUCAGUGGCAGUGAACCGUGAUGCUGCUGGACUUCUCCGUGUGAAUCAUUCCCUGCUCAUGAGCACAGUUACUGGUUUGUAUAAUAUGUUGGUCAGUAUGAAGCUGAGUUUAACCAGCAGAUCUCAUUUUCAGAGGCUUUGAAAAAGCGUUCCGAUGGAUAAACGAAUCGUGUUUGAUGCAGAAUCAGUCGCACUGAAUGUGGUGAACGGUGUUUACGUUCAUCAGGUUCUUCACUCUGAAUCUUUCUCUUUUAAAAUCCAUGAAAACUUUAAAAGUUUAUUUCAUUCGGUACGUUUCCAGGUUUUCUGUUUCUCAGUUUGUUUUUCCUGAGCAUGUGUGAAGUCGCCACAGUAAGAUUUUAAACUUUUCAUUUCCUGUAUAAUGUUUUGACGGGCAGCUGGUGGCCACUAUCACAGUCUCAUCCUUGUCUCCCACUUCAUGGAUCCAACUUCAUGGUUCAGGCUCUGAUUAUCCAACAAGGUCGUUCAUAAAAACCUUUGAUCCUGAACUGUAAGGAGCUCUGACACAUUCUAAUUUGUCUUUUUUUUUUUUUUGGACCAGCAGACGGCCUAACACAGUGGCUCCCAGCCUGUGAGUCCAAAGAUAAACCUGAAUCAAUGAUGUAGGAAUUUUUUAGUCACUAUAUAAACAUUUAAUAAAUAGUUCAUAACACACGAUAAUGUAAACACAUGCUUGUAUUUUUCAAGAAUUGUAACUAUGAAGGUGAAUUUCAUUUUAGUAUUUUUUCAUAUGUUAUUCAUUCUGUUUCUGCAGCAGUGUCAGUGUGUUAUAAACCAUUUAUUACGUGUUUAUAUCCGUCCUGCUGACGUUAAGUAAAGAUGUUCUGAUCUUCAUGACAUUUUCAAAUGACUCAGCUCCUGUUUCACUGAGUCAGAGCUUCCUAUCGUACACGGCCUCAGACGAUGGUUGGCAGGUUGAUGCUACUUCGUUUAAUGGAAUCACAAACCGCGAAGGCCGGACUCCACUGGCCCCGUGUCCACUGGCCCCGUGUCCACUGGCCCCGCGUCCACUGGCCCCGCGUCCACUGGCCCCGCGUCCACUGGCCCCGCGUUCAUUAGCCCCACGCUCAGACCUGCGUUUAAAAGUCUAAUAUGUUUAUCUCAAGCUGGAGAUGUAAUUUACUGAUUGUUGAAAAAGCGCGUGCACCAAAAUGUUUGGAAGGGAAGAGAAUUUAAUCAGAUGAUAACUCUCCCCUGUGUGCGGCCACCAGUGCGCUGCUUUGUGUUUUUAUUUUCGGUGUCCAGCAUCUGGUUUUCUCCUAAGUAAGCAAAAAAGAAAAAAAAAAAGUAUGGACCAGAUUCAGCAAAGCUUUUAUUUCCUGGAUUUAUUAGUUUAAUCUGGCGCAGUGGACUCAGCCAGUCUGAGACCCAGAGAAGUGCCAAGGAGCCGCAGACUUCAGCUGGAUCCCACCCAGCUUUACAUUCCUCAGAGCGGCUCGGGCUCUAAGCACAGAUCUGAUGAACAUCCAGCACAAAGCACAAUAAGGGACGAGUUCUAUUUUUCUACAGAGGUUUAGUGAUCACACAGUCAGCGACAGGUGGGAGUCGGAAUGAAAAGGAGCUUCUCAGGUCAUAAAACUCCUCAGGGCUGUAGAAUAAUGACGGUGGUUUGGAAAUCCUUCACACAGAGUCUGUAUAUUUGAGCAUCACUGGACUGUAUCUGUAUAUUGUGAUUCAUUUGGUGAGUUGAAAGGUUUCAGUUUAAAAACCAGACACUUGUCAUUAAGUUAUUGUUUAAAUAUUGAUCAGUUCUCAACGGACGACGAGUCAAAACGGCUGCUGGAAGUUUUCCGGAGAGAAACCGCCUCAGCUGGUUUUACUGUCAGAGUCCAGACCUGAUGAAAUGCUGUAGGGUUCUGCGUGUGCAGGACUCCAUGUUUCUCUGUAACAUAACCACGUAUGAGCACAAUUCGUUUUUCAUUUCCUGUACAAGGGACUUUUCUUUCUGCCUUAUCUUUUCCACUUUGGUCUCACUGCUGUUUCAGCUGAUCAGUGAUCAGUGAGUGAUCAGCGAUCAGUGAGUGAUCAGUGAUCGAUGAGUGAUCAAUGAGUGAUCAGUGAGUACAGAAGCUGGUUUUGCUGACCUGGUCUUGGUCGGGUGAUAUCAUGUGAUACCAGUGAGACUAAUGGAGCCUGAUUGUUGUUAAAUCUGGUGCAGGAGCUGUUGUUUUUCUGCUGCUGGAAUUAACCAAGCAACUAAAACUAAGUCGUAAUCACUGGAGAACAGACGGAAACUAAACUGCUCCGUCAGUUUUAACGUCAUCUUUUAUUCUCACACUUUACUUUGUAAUGUUUCAUACGAUCGUCUAAACUGUAAACACACUGUUGUUGUUGUGUAUAAACCGACGACGUUUGUUUAGACUCGUAUUGUUCGUGUAUCAGAGGGAAGGUGUGGACGUUUAAAAGCUCCACACACAGAUAAUCACUGGCAGUGAAGUUAAAGCUUCAGUUUAAGGAUCAUUUCUUGAGAAUGACACGUGGAGCUGUGAUAUUUACCUGCUCAGGUGUAGAUGAGGUUUUCCGUAGCACAGCCAGCUCAUAAGGCUCUGUUUUGUUUAAUGAGUGAAGCGGUUACAUUGAGUAAAUCCUGCUCAAACACAUGCAGUGUAUGGAUUCAUCGUUUCAAGUGUUACCACUGUUAAAGCUGCUCAGGUGUUUAAUUUAUUCAUUUUCAUCUUCAGCGGCUCAGAUAUCAGGUUUUUUUCUCGUCAUACUUUCAGGUAUUUAGAUGUUUGGUUCAUGUUUUGUAAUAUUUCUUGUCUAACAUCAGCAGAGACGUUACAGCAGUGAAAUGUUGGAACACAGACGGUCGCUGGCUUCGAUGUUAAACUGUGAAACCUGAAACAUCAACAACAGAAAUAACGUCUCAGCACCCGGUCGAGCUCAAACUGGGUUUCCUGACCUUUUAACUGCAGAUUUUCAGUGAACCGGUUUUACUGACCUGAUUUUUGGACCAAUCACAGGUGAACGAGGAGCCAGUUAUCUCUGCCUCGGCUCUCUGUCUCUUUUUUUUUUUUUUGUGUGUGUUUUCCAGGAAUGUGAGGAUCAGCUGUUAACUCGUGUGUCCUGAGCAGUUUCUCGUGUUUCUCUCUGUACAAAGCCUGACGUGUUUCUGAAGUAUAUCUGCCUUAAAGCGAGCUGCGCGAGUCGUGCAUAUGUUUCAUGAUCACUGAUGUUUGGUUUGUGUAUUUUAUCUGUUUUUGUUUGCUUGUUUAAUAAAGAAACUAAUAAAAACUAAGGAAACGAGAAA